UUUUUUUGUCUUUUUCUCUUUAGAAAUUUGACAUGCAUGAUGGAGGUGGAAAAAGGAUGAAAAACAAGCUGACAUACUGGACAAAGGUGAAGAAGACGAAUGUUUAGUAGAACUUUAUUAUGUUUGGAACCAUGUUCUAAGUAAUUCUAGACAAAUUUCAUAAAUAUUCUAUACAUCUCCAGAGACUGUUAUGACUGAAAAUUUGUCUCGUCCACAACAUACACUGGAAGAAGCUUGCAUGGAACCUAACAUUUGCUUUAAUUCAGAGUAUGUGAAAAAAUUAUAGAUUUCUACCUAUUAUUUAUUAAUCUUGCAUCUCAGUUCAGCCACGCCAAACCCGUCUUUAAAGUGACUAGAAACAGAGCUUUUGUGGAUACUUGUAUUGAACAUGACUCAUGGAGAAGAGCUUGGCUCUGAGAUGCACCAGGAUUCUGUUGUUCUAACUUACUUAGAGGGAUUACUAAUGCAUCAAGCAGCAGCAGGCUCAGGUACUGCCAUUGACAAAAAGCCUACAGGGCAGAGUGGUGAGGAUCAAAACUUUAAGAAUUCAGGAAAUAUAUUUCCCAACUGUCAAAGUAAUGGUCCUGUUCUUAACACACAUACAUAUCAGGGAUCUGGCAUGUUGCAUCUCAAAAAAGCAAGACUAUUACAGUCUUCUGAAGACUGGAAUGCAGCAAAGAGAAGGCGGUUGUCUGAUUCCAUUGUGGAUUUGAACGGGAAAAAAGAAGCUUUGUUAGCUGGCAUGGUUGAAAAUGUGCCUAAAGGCAAACAGGAUAGCACAUUACUUGCCUCUUUGCUUCAGUCAUUCAGCUCUAGGCUGCAAAGCGUUGCUCUGUCACAACAGAUUAGGCAGAGCCUCAAGGAGCAAGGGUAUUCCCUCAGCCAUGAUUCUUUACAAGUGGAGAAAGAUGUAAGGUGCUAUGGUGUUGCAUCUAGUCGCUUGAAAACUCUGCUGAAGAAAAGAAAAGCAAAAGAACAAAAGCUGGACACCACUUUGCCUGAUGCAACAACGAACCUGCCUAAGGAGAGGUUUGUAGAGUCUCCACAUACAGGGCAGAGUGGACCCAAGGCAAUGAAUGAACCUCUGUCAUGUGCUGCAAGAUUACAAGCAGUUGCAAGCAUGGUAGAGAAAAGAUCUAGUCCUACUGCUUCGCCUAAACCUAGCAUAGCUUGUAGUCAGCUAGCUUUACUACUUUCAAGUGAAGCUCAUUUGCAGCAGUAUUCCAGGGAACAUGCUUUAAAAGCACAACAUGCAAAUCAGGUGGCAAGCGAGAGACUUGCUGCCAUGGCUAGAUUACAAGAAAGUGCCCAGAAAGACCUUGGCCAUUUCAGUCUAUCAAAAGGAAUGCCAAGCCAUCUGAAUGGAGAAACGAGAUCGUCAACCAAAAUAACAACAAACAAAAGCAAUAUGGCACCAUUUCAGAGCCCCGUUGGAAUCAUUCAUUCUCCUCCCAGAAAUGUAGGAUAUAAGAAUGCAUUGGAAAAGAACCAUUUAAAACCAUCUCCUAGCAACAGUUUGCUUUUACAUCUUCUCAAAAGUCAAAAUGCUACAAAACAAACCAAAGGGCAUGAGCAGAAUGAGAGAGUGGGUGUUUUUGAGGACCGUAGCACACCAACUACUGUGGAUGAGUAUUCAGACAACAAUCCCAGUCUUACAGAAGAUGAGAGCAGUGAUGAUGAAAGCUCCCAUUCUAACUGUCUUCCUAUAGAUUUAUCUUUCAAACAGAGGAUAGACAAACAAGAUUCUGGACUGCCUGCUUCUCUAGAUAAUCUGACUCGGCCAUUAUUGCAUAAUUGGGAUCCAAAAAUUCCAUGUCUAGAGAACAGUAUGGAGAAUAAAGAAGAUAAAGGCACUCCUAGAGAUUCAAAACUGAAUCCACAUCAGAAAGUAACACUGCUUCAGUUAUUACUUGGGCAUAAGAGUGAAGAAAACAAAGAGAAAAAUACAGACACUCAGGGACCACACGGUGUAGCUGAUGUGGCAAAAUUUACUGUACAAACUGAUAAGAGGACUCCUGUGACAGAAAGUCCCACUGCGAAUCGAAUAACUCCAUUAAGCACUCCUCCUUUACUUAUUUCUACGAAAGCAGACUCUCCUAUAAAUCUCUCCCACCAAUCUUCUCUAGGAGUCAAACGCAAUUCACCACCAUAUGCUUGCAACAUCCAGCCAGAGGGGCUCUUGAAUCCAGCAUCUAAACAUUUGAUCGAUCUUACAAAAAAUAAAGAACUUCAAGGAACUAAACUAAACAGAAAUGAAAGUGCACAAAAUUCUGCUGCUUUCAGUGCCAGCAAGCUGUUGCAGAACUUAGCUCAGUGUGGAAUGCAGACUUCCAUUUCAGGUGAAGAGCAAAGAACCAGCAAACAGCUGCUACCAAUAAAUACGGAUAAACCAAUAGGGUUGAUUGAUAGAUUGAACAGUCCUUUAAUCACAAAUGUACCAGGUAAAUUUGAAGAAAACAAAAUAUUCAGUUGUCAUUCUACAUCCACCGAACAAGGACUUCCCAGUUCAGAAAUAGAAAAUCUCCUUGAAAGACGCACUGUCCUUCAGUUGCUGCUGGGAACCCCCACUAAAGGCAAAAGUGAAAAGAAAGAGAGGAUGCUUGUAAAAGAUGAAAGUUCAAAAGAACAGGCUUUGAGUGAGCAAAUAUUGACAGUAAAAAUAAAAACCGAACCUUGUGAAGAAUCAAAUACGCCUCCUAAUCUAAAUGCCCAGCCAAUAACAGAACAUAAGGGUAACAGUUUUCAAGGGAUAGUUCAUUCAGUGCAGAGAAACAUAGGUGCCUCUCCCAUGUCUGAGGACUUGAAACCUGAGCCUCGUUUGCCUGAUGAUUUUUCUUUUUCAAAAAAUGGCUUGUUAAGUCGAUUGCUGAGACAGAAUCAAGACAGUUACCCUGUGGAUGAUCUGGACAGAAGUCACAGAAAUAGUGAGCUGACAGUUCUAGACUCAAAGAGCCUUUGCACCAUUCCUAAGAAGAGAAAGUUUCAUACCGAGCCUUCAGAAAGUCCAUUAAAAAAGGUAAAAAGCAAUGUGCCCGAUGCUUCGAACAAUCCAAUUUCUCCUGCAGAGGCAUUGUAUCGGCCUUUGCUUAACCAGCAAGAGCUGAAAUUCAACAGAAGUGAUCUUGAAUUUAAAUAUGCUGCAGGUCAGGGUUCAAAUAAUGAAAGUGAAAAUAGGAGUUGGUCUAGAGAUAGUAAAGGCUUUAAUGUGUUGAAACAACUGCUUCUCUCAGAAAACUGUGAGAGAGAUUUUCCACAGCAUAGGAAUAGUGCAGUAACAGAGGGCAAGAAGAAAGGAAAUAAAAGUAAUGUAGCAAAUAAUAAACCUGAAUUUAAUGUUUCUGCAAUAAAUGCCUUCAUGGGAAAUCCUGUACAACCAAUCAGUUGUGUAGAUCACAGGACAUUUCAGUAUCCAGUAGCAAUGAAGAGUCCUACAAGUUCCCCGUUCUCUGAACAUUUGGGAUGUACAGUAUCUAGACCUGAAUCUGACCAAUUUAGUGUUUGCCCCAUCCCUGGUGAAAAAGGCCCUAUCAGAUGGGUUAUCACGGGAAUGGACAAGGGUGAAUAUGAAAAAGCCUCCCCAAGACUGACCAAAACCAAUCCGAUAUUGUAUUACAUGUUACAGAAAGGAGGCAAUUCUGUUAAUAGCCAAGAAGCACAUAAGGACAUUUGGAGUGAACCUUCAUUUAUGGAAAAUUCAACUCCUGUUACAAUCAAGGAGGAGUUAUUACCUGACACUGAACCUAAAACGCCUCUACAUAAUGUAAGAAGCCCUUACAAUAGCCAUAUGGGGAAUAAGAGCUCCCAUAAACAUAAUGUGAAUGGGGACGUGUAUGGACUCUUGGAAAAAGUGCUAACAAUCAAAAAAGAACCAGAGUGAAAUAUAUAGCCAACACAAUGAGUUUACAGUCAGUGGGUUUGAAUCUGUGUAUUAAAAAAAAAAACUGUAUAAACUGAGCAUGAUUUGAGAAAAGCAUGGUCUUGUUGAAUCAUAUUUUCAUUUGAGAAAUUUUGUUUUUCUGGUGAUAUUUAAAAACAUGUAGAUAUGUUUGCUUUACAGUAGAUAGUCGCAAGGAAACUGUGAGUUGUAAGCUGUACAAGACACAAUUCUGUAUGCAUCAAACUAAGUUAUGAAUAGUCUGUGACUGGAUCCUUAUUGGAGCCACAGGUAUUUAGGUAUAAAAUAAAAUGGAAGCAUACAGCCGAGGUGGUGGUAAUGCAUUCUGCUGCAUUUCAUUCUUUCCAUGUAGUAUAUUCCUUUGUUUGCUUGUUUGUUUGGCCAUUUGAGCAUAGAGACCAUGUAAGAGUUGAUGUUUUUUUUUAAUGUUUCUGAAAUUAAGAAUUUUGUAAGAAAUGGAACAGUCCAUCCAGGGUACAUUACAUUUGGUAAUCUAUGUCAGUUAAUCAAAUGCACUGAAAUGUAAUUUUUAGUGCUUCCAAAUUGUGUUUUAUUAUUUUUGUAGUCCUCUCCAAAUCAUGGUGUGAUGUCGUUUUGUUUUGUUAUUUCUCCUCCCACUUGCUUUUGACUAGAGCAUUCUGCAGGACCCAGAGUAGUACUCAUAAAAUAGGGUUAUGAUUAAACAUUUGUUUAGGUUUUCCUAACACUUGAUACAAAAGGCAGAUUUUCAUCUGCACUGUAAUAAAAAAGUGGGUCUUUUUUGUCCACUUUUACUCUUCUUUCCCCUGCCUUGGCCCAGGUCUGCAAUGUAUAUAGUGUUGUGCCAACUAUACGUCUGCGAGUGUGAAAAAUCCACUCCCCUGAGCAACAUAGUUAAGAUGACCUAACCUCCGGCAUAGACAGGGCUAAAUCAGUGGAAGAAUCUUCCAGCAACAUAGCUACAACCCUUCAGGGAAGUGAAUUAAUUAUACUGAUGGGAGAAACUCUCCCAGUGGUGUAGGAAGUGUUCUACAUUGCACUUGUGCUAUGGUAGACGAUAAUGCAGACCUACCCUUAUAAAGGGAAGAUAAAAAAGCAUCUUAGAAUUUUGGGAUUGAGACUUGUCCUCGUGGCCAGAAAACUGUCAUUGAUUCCAGCUUAUGGAACACAUAAGCAAUUUUUUUUCAGCACCAUAUUGCUUUCUGUCAAAAGAACAGUUACUGUGUUCAUACAAUACAUAUUUCAUAUUUCAAUGGAAAUUAUAGUAUGUUGGUGGAAAACAUGAUAGGUCUUCCUAUGAAUAGAGCCUCAUGUAUAUCCUGCCAGUAUUUACUUUGUGAGCAACUGAUCUGUAGUUAAAACACUGGCCUUUCAUCUCUGAACACCUAGAUUCAGAACAGUUUGUUAGAUGUCACUCUGGUUUUGUUAUAUUCCAUAGUGGGUAGUGGACUACAUCUCCAAAAUGGCCUGUCUCUUCUCUUCCUCUGCCUCCACCCUAUAUUUUGUAAUGUUGGCACCAUUGGUUCAAAAUCAGUCUUGGACUGGAGUAGUGGAGAGUUGUAGAUUAAAAUUGAGAAGCAUUAGAAGUGGCAUUAUGUGGGGAAAGUAAGGACUGCACACUUUCCCAAUGUCCAGUAUGACCCCUAAGGAAUGCCAAACUUCUGUAGAAAAAUGUGAAGAACUACUUCUCCCAUUCCUCCCAAAACAAAAAUAAUUACUAAUAACACGAGUACUGUGGAUCACGUAUUUUUUUCAUUGAAAAUGCCCUGUGUUAUGAACAAAACCCUAUAAUAGCUAGAUAAUGAAAGUUGUAGUGUCUUAAAGAAUGCAUAUUUGACAAAACAACCAGGAGUCCUUUGGCACUUUAAAGACUAAUAGAUGUAUUUGGGCAUAAGCUUUUGUGGGUAGAAAUCACUUUGUGAGACGAGACUCCUGGUUGUUUUUGUAGAUACAGACUCACACUGCUACCCCUCUGAGACCUAUUUGAUAGUGUCCUAUACAAAUCAUCCCAAAAGAUAUAUAAUUACAGAGGGGCUAAAAGAUACAUUUGUAUAUUGUCUGGGUGGUGUUUAAUAUAUUAUUGAGCUGUGUAAAGAAGAUAUGUAUUUAAAAACCUUCAUGAGUCUAAUAUUGUUUUAAAUUGUAUUAUCACUAGCCUGUUUUCAGUUCAGUAAAUUACCAAAAAGUUUUUCUCUUUAAUAGUUAGCAUUUACAAUAAAUGGCCUGCUGACAAAUGAAAUUUAUCCUAGAAAUUAAAUGUUAACAAGGUAAACUAUAUUUUAAAUUAUUGCCAUUGGAGUUGAAUGUUUUUAUAUGAAUCAGCCUGACACAAAUAUUAGAAAAAGAUGGUAUUUGUUCCAUCCAUGAAACCUGUCUCAAAGUCUUAAGUGAUUAUUUUUCUUGAAAUUACAUAUGUAUAGAGCUAUGAAAUAUAGAAACAUAGUUCCUAGAAUAAAUACAAAGUUGUAAUUCACUUGUGGGGCACUGCUUACUUCACAUACAGUAGGAGUCAACUUGAAUGAAGUAGAUAUGGUUGGAAAACUUCUGACAAAAUUCUGUUGAAAAAUGAGGGAACAUCAAACUUCACUGUUUUCUAACCAAUUCUAGCAAGGAGUGGCAAGGAAGCCCAUAGUGGGUGCUUACCUUUGUAUUCAUUUUAUGGUAGUCAGUUAUUGUUUAUAAUAUAUAGUUCUUGUUUUUUAAAGCUUACAUGGCGUUUAAGUUAAAAUGUUAACUGUUUUAACCGUGAACAUUUUAGCUUUCCUUUUAGAUGAGGUUAAUGAAAGAGGAUUGCAACUCUCAAAUGUCAAGAGUUACAAUACGGCAAAAUAACAUUUUAGAACAUGUUGACAGAAAGAUCUCACCAACUGCAAGAUUUGCAACAAUGGUCAGUAAGACCCUAGAAAAGAGAUGAGGGCAUUCUGCUGGUACACAGUUCCUGCUAAACUGGUUAUUUAAUACUAUUCAUUUAUCCACUGGGUGAGGGGGAUAUUAUCUAUUAGCUUCCUCCAGUGUAAUACCAAUGUGAUUCUUGACCAGCCAAGGGAAUUUUUAAAUAUGGUUUGCCCCCAUUCAUAUUGGUAAACUGAAACCAAUUAGCAAGGUUUAUCUUAACCUAAAAGACUUGAUAUCCUCUCUGUUAACUCUCACCCAAGAGUUACAGGGGAGAUCACCAAAAUUCUCCUUAUGGGAUUUCUCUUCCCAGUUGUUCCAUCAGACGUCAUGCAGGGGUAGGGCUUGCUUCACCCUCAGACUAUUUGCAGCCCUGUCCUCCAGUUGCAGCAAGUCCCCAGAUUCUGGAAUCUGCAUGGAUUCUGAAGGAUCAGUACUAGUUGAAGGUCUGUACAGAGACUCAGUUUGUACGCUUUCUCACAGCUCUAUAGCCUUAGCAAUCCUCAGCUUCAUGGCUCAGUAGAACCUUUCUAUCUGGACAUAUACAGCUUGUGGCUUUCUCCACUACCAUCUUCAAAUGGGGAUUCCCAAUUGUGGAAGUGAGGGACAGAAAGCAGUACAUCUUGAGGUUGCAAAUUGGCACUCUAAACCUGUAUGAAAGGAGCUUAAAUAAUCAUACCCUGGAUGGGAAUACUAGGUUAGGAGAAGGGAGCAGGUUUGGUGAAUACUGCUGAGGGGCCUAACAAACCCCAGGUUUGCAGCACAAUGGGGGAAGGAGGACUUGUGCUGCACAAUAUUCCUGUUAAGCGGGGUGGAGAGUGCCCAGAAUUGCACUGUCUCCGUAAGAAAUGAGGUGUGCGGGAUUGGGGGCAGAGUUGCUGUUUCUGGUUUCAUUUCUGCCUCAGUUUUAGAAGUAUAAACAACUAAGGUACAUGUGACCAUAAAAGAAUCAAGGCUAGGGAAGCUUCCGCUGAUGCUAAACCAUCAUUUCAGGUGGAACAGUUUAAGAACAUCAGAAGAUUGAAAGGGAAUUCAGCCAUAUUUUUCACUUGUUUAGCCAUCUCUUGUUUAUAACAUUUUAAAAUGCUUAAUUUACAAUUUAAAAAUAAAAUAAAGAUAUGAAUGAUUUAAAAUUUCCCUGCUAAACAUUGUCAAUGAAAGAGUACUACAGCACUCAUUGAUGUCUGUGAAAUAUUACCAGUUUUGUUCUCUGCAGCAUCUUACAGAAGAGUAAACUGGUAAGUAUAUAUUAUAUAUAUUUAUAUAUGUAAAUAAAUUGACUUGUUAAACAUAUACUGUUAAAAUUGGUUUUUAAAAGGUGAUGUAAAUAGUGAUUUCCUUAAUGAAAAAUACAUAUUUUGUAUUGCUCUAAUGCAAAAGAAAAAACCUUUUAAUCUUUCUUUUGGUUAUGUAUAUUCUAUGUACAAGUGUAAAUAUGAUCACAUAGGUUUAAAAACUUUUGCAUGUAAGUAUACAGUUGCAAGUCUGGAAGAAUGUAUAGAAAAUACCUUUAAUUUAAAGUUGUGAUUACCUGCUGCAUGAAAAGUGCAUGGGGGACCCUGUGCAUCUGUGCAUUGGCAAAAAAGUCUUAAGUCAGGUCAGUUCAUCAAAACACAACAGUAUUCCAUUUCUGGACAUGACUUCUUCUGUGGUAUUUUAGCUUUGUGAAAGAAUGUGCUUCAAAUCAAAAGGGUCUGGAAAAAAAAACCUCAAAACUACUUUUAAAGCAUAAAGAACUCACACAACUGUAAUCGGUCAUACAUUUUUUGAACUCCAUUUACAAUAAUUGAGAUAUUGUACCGAGAGUAUUUCGCCAUUGCAAAACAAUGGAAUGACAGUUCUCAUUGCCAUACAUAAAUACUGGGGUUUACUGCAACCAAGUUUGUUGUGAUGAUGUGUUAUCAGUAAUAUAGCUGGUCUCAUUUUUUAUUAGCAAUUAAUUUCUUCAUGUGAUGUCACAAAACUUGUACAUACUGCAGAGUGGAGUUUUUUAAAAUCUUUCAGUGUUUACUUCCUGCAGAAAAUUUGAAUAAAUGAGAAAAAUGCAUUGUG